AUGUCCACCAGCUUUCCUUUUCGCUCUUCCUCGCCUUACGCCAAAGAGAAAAAUGAAGAUUCUUCGCUAUCGGAACGUAUAGACGACCUCAUUGCUACGCUUGCUUCCUGUUCUGAAACCGAAGCUGUUGCUUCCGAGCUUGGGGUGCUUCAGUCGAUCUACGGUGAAGAAUCCAUCCGGCCAUGGCACCCUCCGGUCACUUCUACGAGAGUGCACGGAGACCACCCGCCUAACACAAUACGUUAUGAGGUCCAUCUGAAUUUCCCAUCCCCACACGAUGAUGUCCUUCUGCGGAUUUUGGUCUCGUUACCACCAUCCUACCCGACAGAGUCACCUCCUCAGCUUCAACUCCUCUCACGUUAUAUUGGCAACUUCGGGGUCGACUCCGAGCUGUUUGGGUCUAUCCUCAAAACUUUUAUUUCCGUCAACGGCGUAGAAUGGACACCGGAUACGCCAUGCGUUUUUGAUGGAUUAGAGGCUGUCAAAGAGCGCUGUCUCGCAUGGUACGAGGAGCAUCUCAGCUUGCAGAAAGCGGGUGAAAUGCUCCGCGAAGACGCAAAAGAACACCAUGCAGGCCAGAACAGUGCAGAUCCUUCCGAGACGGUCUCAGUCAAUGGUGCGAACCAUGUCGAUCGUACGCCUCCCACCCUCCCCGAGGGUAUAUCCCUCGUAGAAGCCCCUCCUAUCAUAGACCGAAAGAGCAGUUUUGUUGGACGUGCAUGUCAUAUAACGGACCCAGCCCAGGUUCCUCUGAUAUUGUCAUACUUGCUUUCUGAUCGUCGGAUAGCAAAAGCUGCGCAUCCUAUCAUAAACGCGUGGAGGGUCAAGGUUGGGGCCGUUCUCCAUCAAGACAAUGAUGAUGACGGAGAAACAGCGGCUGGGGGACGAUUGGCUCAUCUUCUGCAAAUAUUGGACGUGAACGACGUCUUGGUGGUUGUCACUCGGUAUUGGGGAGGCACCUUACUUGGCCCUGAUCGUUUCAAACACAUCAACCAAGCCGCGAGAGAUGCUCUCGAAGCCGGCGGCUUCUUAAAUACACCUGAUACGAAGAGGCACGAAGGAAGAGGGAAAAGAAGUCACUAAUAUACGUAGUCAGCCUGCAGGUUGAACGCGCUCACAGGCUAUCGAAAC